AUGCCCCAGCCUUUGGGAAGUAUGCCUCCGAAGCCACCCUUCAAGAGGGGCUUUCGCAAGCCCGAAAUAGACAAGACCCAGGGUGCUAUACGAUCGCGCGGCAAGGCGACGGACAAGCAACUUUCUGAGGCUAUUUCGACGCUCGAGUUCCACUCAAAAUGGGUGGACCUCAGCAUGCUAUGGGGACAUCACAUGCUGGAAGUGCUGGACCGCCUGCAAAUGUUGCUUCAACCUACGUCACCGGGUCUGGCAGAUACGGUACGGAAUAUCUGGAUCGUCUUCAAAGAGGUCACGAGCGGACUCCGCAAGGGCCCUUCUACAUCACAGGAUCUCUGGAUCGAUGUCGAAGAGGCCAUGAUCGAACCUAGCAAGGGCCUCACUAGCACUGUCAACGGAAUGCUAGAUGUCUUCCUAGGCUAUGAGAUACAGAAAGACGCGCUCGUAUUGAGCAACAUUCUUCCAAACAUCGACUCACUUCUAUCGUUCCCCGUCACCAACGUCCGGACAAAGUCCGUGAUGCUAGUCAAAAAGUGGCGAGUUAUCAUGGACCUACACCCGCUGGAUGAAGAAGCCGGCGAAGGAGUGUCACAGGAGACCGUUCACAUCAUGUCGGGACAUGGAGACGUCCCUGCAGCGGACGUAUGCCACCGAAUCCUGCUUGACAAGCUAAUCAAGAUCAUCGAGAAAGCUCGAUGCAUGGACCUCGUAUCUCUGAAGCUAGGCAGAAAAGCCAUAGACAUGUUUCCGGCGAGUCUCAUGACCAAAGACGCACUCACAGCAACCAAGGUCCUCGUGCAGAUGCAGGACUUUGGAGAUCAUCCGGAUCCUUACGUUCAUCAAAGAUGCGACGAAAUAGUCGCUCGAUUGAGAUUCUUUCUAACGACACAACCGCCUGUGAAUGGUAGUAGCCUCGAGGUUGAUACCCUAAGGCUCUCUGAGGUGGCAACUCAUUCCAAAAAUGAAUACUCGGAAGACGCAUUGGUUCGUCAUGAUAUUGAAAAGCUUGAUGUACGUGCUCUGCAGGGCUUGGAUGAGAUCGGAAAUGGAGAGUACCGUGGCGAAUAUGAUGUUGGAGAUGGAGAAGCAGCGCAGCAAGUAUUACCAGGACGUCGAGGUGUCAACGAAACGACCGUUGCGCUGCGCCAGCAGCUGAAUGCAGCUAGAACCGAUACCUCGCUUUACAAGCAGAUCUUGAACGAGAGGGAAAAGCUCCAGCAAGAGAACAUCAUUAUUCGGCAGGACAAGGCUCGCCUGCUUAUCGCCAAGUUACAAAAAGAAACAGAGUGCAAGGCCGCAGAAGACUCGAUCAAAGUUAUAACCGAAGGCUAUGAUCAGCUCAAGAAGACCGUCACCGAGCUGGAAGCGAAUGUCAUUGAGCUCCAGGUAGACAACGACUACCUACUGCAGGAGCGAGACGAUCUGCGCAAUGCCGUUGAGUCAUUGAAGGCUGAAGCUCUCCUAUCUCAAAGAGCGCCAAUGGAGGACGCCACCGUCACCUCAACUACGAAGAGAUACGCGCGAGAGUUACAGCAUCUGGACAGCACGAUCAUGGUCUGGGAAAAGGACCUCGCAGCCGCACAAGCCAAGAAGAAGGCAACUCAGGAUAAGAAGAACGAGGUCGACGCACAGAUAGCAGAGAUUGCGACCCAAAUCAAGGCUCUCAAGCAUCCCAAGGGUAAGAUACCUGAGCAACCUCUGCCUCCGCCUGUCGUACCCCAGAUGCAACUUCGUUUUGCUCCGACACCGCCUACACCACUUGACCAUCUGGCUCUUCCCUCGCGGCAGGUCCCACAUCAAGAAUCCGAUGAGUCUCCAUCUCCGCCAGGCGUACCUCGAGUGCGGCUCCCUGCCGGUCCCGCAUCGCUUCGUCCGGCCCCUACUCAGCAAUAA